UAUUUUGCCAGAUCUUUUGUUUACUGUCCGUUUCUGCUUUCAACACGUGAAAAACAAGUACAAAAUAGAAAUUUUUCAAUAAAUUAAAACUAUUGAAAUUUGCUAGCUCAAAGUUGCAAAAUGAGCACAAGACGUGGUGAUGGUGGCCGUCGAUCCCGACCCCAGAAGCAUCAGAACACAUUCGCCUUCAAAAACGAUCUGCACGACAAACACACUCCGCUAAUCAAGCUGAUCACAAACUUGAACGUUUGCGAAGUUUGCGAGCGGUGUAAGGAGCAGAUCGAAUGGAAGAUUAAAUAUCGGAAAUACAAACCGCUGACGCAGCCCGGGAAGUGCAACAAAUGCAGCGAACGGAAAGUUAAACGAGCGUAUCAUGUCCUAUGCCGAGAUUGCGCCCUUUCCAGCAAAUGUUGCGCCAAAUGUUUGAAGUCAUCCGAAGAAGUCAGCAUUGUUCCGCCGGAACCGACUAUCGAAGAGAAAAUCAAGCUGAAGGUAGAAAUGGACCAGCUCAUCAAAUCGUUGCCGGAACGUAAGAGGAGGACUUUCUUGAGGUAUAUGAACAAAGGCAAGAAGAAGGAGAAAUCCCAGGAUGGCGAUUCGGAUUAUGAAGACGAUGGCCCCAAAGGGAAGAAAAAGGUUGAAAACAUGCCCCGUACCAGGGAAGAGCUGAUGGAAAAGUUUGAACAGCUAAAAAUGGCUGAAAAUGAAGAUGGAGAUGAUCUGUUUUCGGAUGAUGAUGAUGAUGAUUAUGAAGACUUCAGUGAUGAAGAUUUUUCUAAUUAAGAUUUGUACAAUCGGUAAAACUUUAAACGAAGUAAUAAAUGAUGUAUCCAUGUAUUUUCA